AUGGCACCCGAAUAUGCCACUGAAGGUCUAUUCUUAGUAAAAUCCGAUGUCUUUAGCUUCGGGAUAUUGUUGCUAGAGAUAUUAAGUGGAAAGAAGAAUCGAGGGGCAUGGGAGUUGUGGAGAGAUGGCAGGCAUUCUGAACUGAUUGAUGCGUGCUUGGGGGACUCGUGCAAUUUUUCCGAGAGUUUACGUUGUCUCCAUGUCAGUCUCUUAUGCGUGCAACAACAUCCUGAGGAGAGGCCUAGCAUGUUGUCUGUGGUUACGAUGUUGAGCAAUGACAACUCAUUACCUGAACCCAAAGAGCCUGGUUUCUAUGCAGGAAAAAGUUCGCCUUGGGCAUAUUCUUCAUCGGCCAACCAGCAAUCAUCUUCAACCAAUUAUAUAUCUGUAACACAGUUAGAUGCUCGAUAG